GCCGUCACCCGCUCCCCGGACGCGUCCAGGACCCACUGCGCCGCGAGUCAUCCCCGGCCCCGGCGUGCGCCCCAGACACGGUGACUCCGGUCCGCGCGAGCCUCCUCCCUCACCGCGACCCUACCAGGCCCCGCAGCCCAGCUGCCCCAGCCAUGGACGCCCCGGAGCCGCAGCCCGACCCAGACGGUGGGGACGGCCCAGGCCACGAGCCUGGGGGCAGUCCCCAGGACGAGCUGGACUUUUCCAUCCUCUUCGAUUAUGACUAUCUGAAACCCAUCGAAGAAGAACAGAACGCACAUAAGGCCAUCAGCUCACCCUCCGGAAUCGUAUACCCGGAUGAUGCCCAGGACUAUGGCCUCAAGCCAGUCAACCCCCUCGCCAGUUUCUCUGGCGAGCCCCCCGGCCGGUUUGGAGAGCCGGAUAGGAUAGGGUUCCAGAACUAUCUGAGUCCGGCCAAGCCAGCAGGGGCUUCGGGCCCAAGCCCUCGGAUCGAGAUCACUCCAUCCCACGAACUGAUGCAGGCAGGGGGGGCCCUCCGUGGGAGAGAUGCCAGCCUGCCCCCCGAGCAGCCGGCCCUGACCCUGGCUGGCAUUGCUGCCAGCCCAAGGUUCACACUGCCCGUGCCCGGCUUCGAGGCCUACCGCGAGCCGCUUUGCUUGAGCCCCGCUAGCAGCGGCUCCUCUGCCAGCUUCAUUUCUGACACCUUCUCCCCCUACACCUCGCCCUGCGUCUCGCCCAAUAACGCCGGGCCCGACGACCCGUGUUACCAGUUUCAAAACAUCACUGCUCAUUAUUCCCCCAGAACCUCUCCAAUAAUGUCACCUCGAACCAGCCUCGCCGAGGAGAUCUCCUUGGGCCGACACUCGCCCGUGCCCCAUCCGGCAUCCCGCUCCUCCUCACCCGGUGCCAAGCGGAGGCAUUCGUGUGCAGGGGCCUUGGUUGCCCCUCUGCCCGCAUCCUCACCCCAGCGCUCCCGGAGCCCCUCGCCACAGCCCUCACCUCACGUGGCAACCCAGGACGACGACAUCCCCGCUGGGUACCCCCCCACGGCUGGCUCUGGUGUUCUCAUGGAAGCCCUCAACAGCCUGGCCACUGACUCGCCCUGCGGGAUCCCCUCCAAGAUAUGGAAGACCAGUCCUGACCCGGCUCCCGUGUCCACCGCCCCGUCCAAGGCGGGCCUGGCCCGCCACAUCUACCCUGCUGUGGAGUUCCUGGGGCCCUGUGAGCAGGAGGAAAGGAGGAAUUCCGCCCCUGAGUCCAUCCUGCUGGUACCACCCAGCUGGCCCAAGCAGCUGGUGCCAGCCAUUCCCAUCUGCAGCAUCCCUGUGACUGCAUCCCUUCCUCCACUAGAGUGGCCACUCUCCAAUCAGUCAGGCUCCUAUGAGCUGCGGAUCGAAGUCCAGCCCAAGCCCCAUCACCGGGCCCACUAUGAGACGGAGGGCAGCCGUGGUGCUGUUAAAGCCCCGACAGGAGGCCACCCUGUGGUGCAGCUCCAUGGCUACAUGGAGAACAAGCCCCUGGGACUUCAGAUCUUCAUUGGGACAGCCGAUGAGAGAAUCCUAAAGCCGCAUGCCUUCUACCAAGUACACAGGAUCACGGGCAAAACCGUUACCACCACCAGCUAUGAGAAGAUUGUGGGCAACACCAAGGUCCUAGAAAUCCCCCUGGAGCCAAAGAACAACAUGAGGGCCACCAUCGACUGUGCCGGCAUCCUGAAGCUUCGAAACGCCGACAUCGAGCUGCGGAAGGGCGAGACAGACAUCGGCAGGAAGAACACGCGGGUGCGCCUGGUGUUCCGUGUGCACGUCCCAGAACCCAGUGGCCGCAUCAUCUCCCUGCAGGCGGCAUCCAACCCCAUUGAGUGCUCUCAGCGCUCUGCCCAUGAGCUGCCCAUGGUGGAGAGACAAGACGUGGACAGCUGCCUGGUCUACGGGGGCCAGCAGAUGAUCCUCACGGGCCAGAACUUUACGGCUGAGUCCAAGGUGGUGUUCAUGGAGAAGACCACAGAUGGGCAGCAGGUUUGGGAGAUGGAAGCCACGGUGGAUAAAGACAAGAGCCAGCCUAACAUGCUUUUUGUUGAGAUCCCCGAGUAUCGGAACAAGCACAUUCGAGUGCCCGUAAAAGUGAACUUCUACGUCAUCAAUGGAAAGAGAAAACGAAGUCAGCCGCAACACUUUACCUACCAUCCAGCCCCUGCCAUCAAGACAGAACCCGAUGAGUAUGACCCUUCUCUGAUCUGCAGCCCUGCCCAUGGAGGCCUGGGGAGCCAGCCAUAUUACCCACAGCACCCAAUGCUGGCCGAGUCCCCCUCCUGUCUCGUGGCUACCAUGGCCCCCUGCCAGCAGUUCCGCUCGGGGCUGUCAUCCCCCGAUGCCCGCUACCAGCAGCAGAGCCCCGCGGCGGCUCUCUACCAGAGGAGCAAGAGCCUGAGUCCAGGCCUGCUGGGCUACCAGCAGCCGGCCCUCCUGGCAGCACCCUUGGGCCUGGCUGAUGCCCACCGCUCUGUGCUGGUGCAUGCUGGUUCUCAGGGCCAGGGCCAAGGCUCCACCCUGCCGCAUACAUCCUCGGCUAGCCAGCAGGCCUCGCCCGUGAUUCACUACUCACCCACCAACCAGCAGCUUCGAGGCGGGGGGCACCAGGAGUUUCAGCAUAUCAUGUACUGUGAGAACUUCGGCCCUGGUUCAGCCAGGCCUGGCCCACCACCCAUCAAUCAAGGCCAGAGGCUGAGCCCAGGCUCCUACCCCACAGUCAUCCAACAACAGACUGCCCUGAGCCAAAGAGGUACCAAAAACGGACCCCCAGUCAGUGACCAGAAGGACGCUAUGCCCACUGGAGUGACAGUCAAACAGGAACAGAACCUGGACCAGACCUACCUGGAUGACGAACUGAUAGACACACACCUUAGCUGGAUACAAAACAUAUUAUGAGACCGAGUGACUGGUCUUUGAUCCGAGAAAUCAAAGUGAAAGUUAAUGAAAUCAUCAGGAAGGAGUUUUCAGGACCUGCCCCCCGAAAUCAGACCUAGAAACAGCCAUUAUCGCAAGACGCCUUCCAUCUUGGACCCCUUCUGUCUCCCCCUGCCUUCUCUGACUGGAACACUGUGUGUGGGCUCAGCGCAGGCUGUUGCUGUAGGAGCCUGCUGCCGCUCAACACUCAGCUCAGCUGAUGUCCAUGGUGACUGGAUGAGAAAGCCACUGCCUGCUGACCAAAGCCCCGUUCUCAACUCACCAGGGAGCUGAACUUGCCAGAGACCCGGAAGCUGGCCUGGGGGAGAGAACUGGAGAACUUCGAUAGAGCCUCGGCCCACGGACAUGGCUCCUCUCUCUCUUGAAGGGUGUUUAAACAGAGCAACCAAAAGAACAUGGCCCAAGAGCCCAACUUUUGGGCUCGAGAACCCCAGGUCCCUGUAGGAGCCAAAACCGGAGAGUCUCAUCUCUGCCCCAGCUGGGCCAUAGCAGAGCUUUAUUUUCAGUCUUUCUGAAGCCAAACUGCCUCGCCCUGACAGGACCACCUGUCCCAACUCCCGGCCUUAAGUUAUAACACGUGUACACUGUUUGCCAGCUUCUGGGCCUUUGUUUUUCUCUGCUUCAAAGAGCCAACCAAGGAGUCCGCAGGCUGGGCCCUCUCAGCCAGCUACUCCCUAACCCUGCUGCCUGCACCAGACCUCUGGUGGAGUCCAGCCCGGGCUGCCUGUUGAGAACAAAGCUUCCAAAGGCUCCCCUCCACCCUCCUCCCGGACAGAGCCUCCUCCCUGGAGCUGGGAGACCUUCUGGGUCCUUGCAUUGACUGUUACAGAGCUGAAGCCACCUAACCCAAUCAAAACCUGCAGGUGUUUGUCAUGACUUCCACCAAACAGAACGACGGGGCUGAAAUCUCCCCCUACCCUAAACUCAAAGCCGGAGCGCGCUGGCAUAGCCCCAUUGUUCUGUUUCUUACCUGGAUGCACACAACGUCACUGUGGAAUCCGAGAUGCUGUCACAUGAGCUGCACGCGUAACUCAGACCCCAGCAUGUGCCUUCGUGUGGUCAAGGCCGGCUCGUGUGUCCUGUGGUGUCCUCUGCUCUCACACCACAGGUCUCCACAGUCUUCCUCCCCUGGUGCAAUUUUUUUUGCUUUCAUUUUUUUGCUCUUCCUUUCGACAGAACCGCUUGUCUUCACCACAGAUGCCCUGUACACAUUGGGCAGGCAUGUCAAUGACUUUCUUGGCUCUGUCUGCUAGGUAGAGGGCCCGAAUAGCAAGCCACAGUGGCUAAAUACCCUUCAUGAGUUUCUUACACUCUGGCUUUGCCAAGGCCGUCCAAGGGUAAAUCUUCUUGGGAGCUGAGCCAGCUACGGCUAGCUCUCCAGACAGAGACCCAUACCCAGGGCUCAGCUUGAGCAUGAAAGUGUGACUUCUUGGUAAUAUAGCCUUUCUUUUCCCUAGCAGCAACACCGGGCUUCCCUCCACCCGCCCCAAGCAUACAACGGAGCAGAAUUCUCUUUUGAACCCAGAAUGUCCACAAGCAGUUGGGCACUCAGCCUCUGGUCCGAGGCACUUCCUAAACAAAGGAAGCCUCUGUGAAGCAAUACCCAUUUCUCUGGGGAAGGGUGACAAGGGCUUGGUGAGAGAUCAGUUCUCACUUACCCUGGCUGGGAGCCACUUUUUGCACAUGAGGAAUCGGGCCCUUCCUCGGAUUAUCUCAAUGUUUUACCCAAGUGCCUUCCUGCAAUUGUAGUGAGCAGUUCAGCUGCAUUGUGUAUGGUGUGAGAAAGGGCUAACUCGUUUCCUGUUCAUCUUCUAACCAUGUCAGCAAGAAGGCUUCCCGUAGUUCAGACUCCUGUACGUGUGUGUGUGUGUGUGUGUGUGUGUGUGUGUGCGCACGCGCGCGUGUGUGGCAAGAGGGCUUCUCGUAGUUCGGACUCCUUUACCUGUGUGUGUGUGUGUGUAAGAGGGCAUCCCAUAAUUCAGACUCCCGUACCUGUGUGUGUGUGCAAGAGAGCUUCCUGUAGUUCAGACACCUGUGCCUCUGUGUGUGUGCAUGUGUGCAAGAGGGCUUCCCGUAGUUCAGACUCCUGUGCCUCUGUGUGUGUCUGCAAGAGGGCUUCCCAUAGUUCAGACUCCUUUGCCUGUGUGUACAAGAGGGUUUCCCAUAGUUCAGACUCCCAUACCUUCGUGUGUGUGUGUGUGUGUGUGUGUGUGUGCAUGCAGGAGGGUUUCCCAUAGUUCAGACUCCUGUGCCUUCGUGCUUGUAUGUGUGUGUGUACGUGCCCUUCCCCCUAGACUACCUUAGCUGAGUAGUCUAAGAAACCUUCUCAUACUCAAGUAGAUCAGGAAGCCAGGAGAGAAAAGUAGCAUUUGUUCCCAGACAGGCCAGAGAAAGAAUACGAGCAGAAGACAGCUAUCAAGGAGGUUUGGUCAGUCGUAGACGCUAGAAGGAAACUUCGCUGGUAGUGAUGGCUUAUACACCAUUCCCAGAGUGGGAAGAUAUAGUCUGAUCUAGGUCCGUGAGGAAAAUAUGCCUGAGUAGUGAGGGUGGCUGUGUUGUAUGUGAGUCUGAAGGGUCGAAGCAGAAAUGUGUCCUUGUGAAAUCCAUGGUAACAUUAGUGUGGCACUCAGACGGUUUCGUCUUGCUGAAUGUGGUAUUUAACUCUUUGAAGUCCGCAUAUCUGCCUGAUUGUACAAAGACAGCUGCUGGGGAGUAUAUAUAUCCACCCAGAUUAGGAUGGUAUUAAAUUUUAUUUUCUUACCUGGAUUUUGGCGCUUUUUAUCUGCCCUCAAAAUAUCUCAUCCCUGUUGGAGUUAGAACAUAUUUAUAAAUGGUCAGAUGUCUUUUUAAGUUUUUUUAAAACAUAUAUAUCUUGAUUUUCUGUAAGAGAAAUGGUGUAUUCUUGAAUUGUUUUCUCAUUCCAGAAAAACAAAUCCAAAGGCUUGGGUCCCCAUCAGGACCUCGGGAUAGGAGAGAGGGAGCUGGGCCAAGAGAGCAUCUUUUUCUUGCUUGAGAAAGAUACCGACUCCUUCGACCUCAAGCCUGGGUUGUCCCUGAGAAUUGUACACAAAGGGUUUAGUUGGUAGUUUUGAUUUAAAGCCACCAAAUCCUGUCUUUUCAUGAACUGACAAGAUCCUAAAGACAGGCUGAUGCUGUCAGAACCAACCGUGUGGAGUCCUCACAGGAGACCCCAUGUGCAGCAUCCACAGGACAGCCACCCUUUGUCCAGAACAUCAUAGCCAUGGACAAAGUGAGCUAGUUCCUCCCAAGACCUGGGAUAGCUCGUUCACGUCCAGUGGUCUGGUCAUCUGUCACAUCCCCACCAACCCUCAGCCACCAGUGGCACCGCCACACAGAGAGGUCGAAAGCAAUGUACUCUGUCACUCAGAACCAAAGAGAGACUGAGUUGGUUUGGUUUUGCACUACAGUGCUCAGCACUGACAGACUGUGGGGGAGCUGCUGUAUUCAUUAGGCACUCCAGAAAAGACAUAGGGGUGGCCAGGCCAGGAUAGACAUUCCUGAACUCUGCGGGAAGGGCAGCCUUGAGGAACCUGACACACCUUCACCGCUGGCGUCUCCCAACUUCUGCCAUCAAGCUUCAUGGACCCAAACCAGCCAGCUGCAGAGUGAGAGCUUCUCCUGCAGUCCUGCCCGCUGCUAAAAUGAGGUGACAUCACCUUCACCGCUGAGCAACUCACCCGUGCCUUGACAUACAGCCUCCAUCCUCGUCUUAACCCGGUUCGUUUACACCUAACUCCAGUGUUGGGCAAGAUCAGUGCUUCCCUGAGUUUGGCUCUCUGGGAUCACAGAGGGGUCCUGGCAGUCAAAGGGUUAAUGCUGUCUCUAUGCAGCCCCUGGGGCAGAUGGGAAUAAAGUUCCCUGCCCUUUCAGGUUUCGGAUGGACUGGGCACUGAGGGUGCUGUGGCUGUGUGACUAGGAGCCACAUCUCUGGUUGGCCAGAGCACACUGUGGGAGCAUCCCAGACAUCCUAUCAGAGAAGCCCCUGCUCCCCCUGUCACCUCUCAGCCCUCAAAGGGAGUCUCACCAUCCUAGAGGUUGCCCCCAUGAUGCCUGAAGACCAGGGUUUGGGGAAAAAAAAUCCCGACUGUCUUGAGGAGUCAGAAUAUAUCACAUUCCUAUGCAAAACAAUUUUAAUCUCCAGUUUCAUGUAGUUUAUUUUUGCUAUAUGUAAAGUAUUUUUAUACGGCUUGUAUGAUGACAGCUUAGCAAUAAAACAGUUGAGAGCAA